GUCCCUAGAAUCGAGUGUUAGUUGAGUGGUGUUCGUGGAAAAAUAUAUUUUAGUACAGGUCUCUAGAGUAUCAGGACGUUGUGAGAAAAUUUAAAAAUAAGACGUCUGCUCACACGAACAGAGCAUAAGUAUACAACAUAUGGCUUCUAGCGUGACUAGUACUCGUGGUUUGGCGGUGACGCCACAUCAACUAGCUACUCAGAGCGCGAUGACUGUUCUUCGAGAUGGGGGAACUGCAGUCGAGGCAGCUGUCGCUGCUGCUGCCACAAUUGCAGUCGUUUAUCCUCACAUGAACAGCAUAGGUGGAGAUUCGUUCUGGCUGAUUAUCCCACCUCGUGGAGAUCCUCUUGUCAUUGAAGCUUGUGGUGUCGCCGGUAGUCAAGCCAACUUAGAAUUCUAUGAAGGAUUUGACGAAAUCCCUAUAAGAGGUCCCAAGGCUGCUAAUACAGUUGCUGGAACUGUCGGGGGGUGGCAAGAAGCUUUGGACUAUGUGUCAGAAUGUGGAUAUCAAAGGAAAUCUAUAUCAAAACUCUUAGCUGAUGCCAUUUAUUAUGCCAAUCAUGGUUUUCCUAUAUCAACUUCACAAGAAGCUGAUUUAAAAGAAGUAAAAAACGAAGGAUGGUUAUCAAGUGAAUUUAAAAAAAAUUUUUUACCAAAUGGCACUAUGCCUAAAACCGGCGAGAUAUUUUGCCAAAAAAAACUUGCAGAAACAUUAAAACACUUAGUUGAAAAUGGACUAACCAGUUUUUAUAGAGGUAAACUGGCAAAAAAAAUUGUGAAAGGAAUGAAAGAAGUUGGUAUGCCUAUUACUGAGGAAGAUUUGGCUAAUUAUGCCCCUAUAAGAAAGCGACCUUUAAGAUUAUUACAUAAAUACGGAGAACUUCUGAAUGUCCCACCACCGACUCAAGGUUUAGUAUCAUUGUCCAUUUUAGGUAUAUUGGACAAACUAAACAUUGACGGCAAAAAUGAGGGAGAAUUUAUUCACACCACAGUUGAAGCAACUAAGCAGGCAUUUGACAUGAGAGAUGAGUACAUAAGUGAUCCUAUUUGUAUGAAAAUUGACCCUAAUUUCUUGCUCUCUGAUAAAGUAAUUACUGCAAUGGCUAAUAAUAUUGGUCCAAAAGCUAGAUCGUUGAGAAAUGUCGUAGGACCCGGAGAUACAGUUUGGCUAGGAGUAAUGGAUGACAAAGGAUUUUCAGUUUCUUUCAUUCAAAGCACCUAUUCUACAUUUGGAAGUGGAGUGGUUAUACCCGAAACUGGUAUAUUGUGGCAUAACAGAGGGAUUUCUUUUACACUAGCUAAAGACCAUAUACGAUCACUAAAGCCAGGAAAGAAACCUUUUCAUACUUUGAAUCCCGCUGCUGCUCGUUUGAACGAUGGGAGAGUUAUAAUAUAUGGAACACGGGGAGGUGAUGGUCAACCGCAAACACAAGCAGCAAUUUUCCAUAGAUACGUUAUUCAAAAUGUACCAUUACAGAAAAGUGUUUCAGACCCAAGGUGGUUGUAUGGAAAUACCAUUGGAAUAAAUGAUGAUUCUUUGAAGUUAGAGGAUAGAUUUGAUGAAAAAACGAUAAAGUAUCUUAAAGAUAGAGGCCAUAAGGUGGUCAUUUUGCCACCAUAUAGCGCAUGUGUAGGAUUUGCUGGCAUACUAGUUAGGCACUCAAAUGGUGUAAUGGAAGGUGCUUAUGAUCCUAGAAGUAAUGGCAGCGCUGCAGGGUUUUAAAAUUUAACGUUAAUUUUUUUCAAGACAUCUAGGUCCUCGAAUUUUUCAGUCAAUUGUGUUUAAACUGACUUUAGAUUAAAAGCCAAUUUAACAUUUUUGCAAUACAUACACAUAACAAAGUUCUGAAAUUUGAGUUUGUAAAGCUAAAACCAAUUUAACUUUACAAGAUUGACGUUAAUUUCAUAACUAAAAUUAGGUUAGUUAAAACUCCGAAUUUAUAAUGUGACUCUAGUCUUGAAAGUGUUCUCUUGUAAAUUACAUUAAUGACCUUACUUAAUAAUAAUGUAUAAUUCCAUCAAUGCCACUAAAAUACUUCAGAUUCUUUUUAUAAAUUGAAUGUUUAAUAGUCUAUUGUUAUCCACGAGUCUUUGUUGGAGAAAAAUCAUCGAAUAGAUAAAGUAAUUCAGUAGCAGUGAAAUUAACAGUAUUGGAACACUUUUAAAUUAGACAAUCUAUUUGAAAUAUACUCUGUGGCAUGAACAGUGCUGGCCAAUAAUUCAUUUUUAUUGGAAAGAUAAGGGAACGAACAAAGAACCGAGGGCAUAAAAUGGUUUAAAUCAAAUUUCGCUGUUUUAAAAUCAAACCUUGGAUGGGUAUGGCGUGAUCGCGGACGUUUUAAUGAAAGACUUGAUUAAUUUGCUCUUUUGUAUUUAAUUGGGGAAGAAAUCAAUUGCGAAUGUAAUGUCGUGACUUAUGCUAUUGCAAAGUUUAACGUAUGCAAUUUAUAUUCAAUGUAUCGAAUACCUUCAACCUUGGUUGUAGGUUGAAUGUCUUCGACGUAGAGUUUAAGUAGAAUUUUA